AUGUCAGCUUCUGAACUUGCCAACGCUGCCCUCAAUGCUGCAAUGGAAGACAUCUGGCACUUAAUGGUAAGAUCCAUGAAGUUGCAAGCACGUUCAUUAUGGGAGCAUGGGGAGGUCUCCACUUCAUUCUCCCCCAUGCUGCUGUCUUGUGCAGCCAAGAUUCGCGACCAUAGUGACCCUGUGACGCGAAAAAUCGUUACUCUACCCGACUGGUCUGCAGUCAACAUGGACGACCCACGUAUCGCUGGCCACCCGCGAUUCAUGAAGACAAUUGGAUAUCCACGCCCAGAUCACAUUACUCCGGCACUCACUAUUCCUGCCCCUCAGCCACCGGUGAUUGCUGACAAACCAUCUACUGUUGUUGCAUCACCGGAGGUAUUGGAUUCGGCAGAACUUCCUGCGCCGAAGUUCAACUUAUUUGUUGCCGGCACCAAACGCAAGGCUGACAGAACUGACUCUGACAUUUGGGAAGAAACUCGGGUGACCAAGCCGAAGCGCAAGGUCUUGAAGACAAAUCCAGCACCGCAGCAGAAGACUGCAACAUCCUCUAAGAGAAGGAAGAUAGUGAGAUCGAAGAGGUUUGUCAGUGAUGAUGAGGAUGAAAGUGCUGAUGGUGCAGUGAUCAUCGUCAAGAAACCAGGAAUGGGUGCACUGGCCGAACAUGUAGUGCCAGUGCAACCUGCCAGCAAGGGCAGCUUGUUGAGCAACUUGUCCGAUGUCGAAGAGCUCGAGGAACCUCGAGAUUGA